AUGGCGUCACAUCAAUUCACCGUUGCGAAUCCGCCGACCGAUGCUAUCUCCGCUUUGAAGUUCUCGCCAGAUCCAAACUCCACGCGAAUUGUUGCGUCGUCAUGGGACAAGAAUGUGUAUCUUUAUGAUCUUCGAGACGAGAAUGGGAAUGUAGGGGAAGGGAAGCUGUUACAGAAGUUUGAACACCGUGCUCCGGUGCUCGAUGUGUGUUUUGGUGCAACUGAGGAUGUGAUCUACACAGCUGGUUUGGACUGGGACGUCCGAAAGAUUGAUGUCGCCUCAUCUACACAGACAGUCCUUAGCAGCCACGAGGCUGGUGUGCGGUGCGUCGUCUACAGCAAGGAGCACAAUCUGGUCAUAUCCGCGUCGUGGGAUUCGACACUACACGUGCACCGCACAAACACCGAAGCCGACUUGGCACCCGCUAUUAUCCCCCUCCCCUCGAAGCCUUUCUCCAUGUCUCUUACCGCCACGAAACUCGUCGUCGCCAUGGCGUCGCGCUCUCUCCACAUCUACGACCUGAAGGCCCUAGCAAUCCUGACAGACCAAUCGGACGCGGCUCCUCCAAACGUCGUCGAGGUUGAACCCUGGCAACGGCGGGAGAGCAGUCUCAAGUUUAUGACACGCUGCGUGGCAUGUAUGCCCGAUGACGCCGGCUACGCAUCUUCGAGCAUCGAGGGGCGGGUCGCGGUGGAGUGGUUCGAUCCAUCCCCCGAGUCGCAAGCUCGGAAAUACGCUUUCAAGUGCCACCGGCAAACGGCCGAUGAGGUUGAUGUCGUAUACCCUGUGAACACACUAGCGUUCCACCCCAUUCAUGGAACCUUUGCGUCUGGCGGUGGAGACGGCGUGGUUGCUCUGUGGGACGGCAUUGCUAAGAGGAGAAUCCGACAGUAUCAGAAAUACCCGUCCAGCGUCGCAGCGGUGGAUUUCAGCGGUGACGGCAAAUACCUGGCGAUCGCCGUGAGCCCUGGCUUUGAAGAUGGUAAAGAGGACGUGGCUGAAGGAACGGUUAAGAUUUAUGUGCGUGAACUUGGAGAGACUGAGGCGAAAGGGAAGGGCGCGAAGUAG